CACACACACCACAGAGAGAAAACAUAGAAAGAGAGAGAGAGAGAGAGAGAGAGAGCGUCAGGGGAGGUCUGACAACAUGCUUUAAUCCACAUCUUCAUGGACCCUGUUGUGCACUCCUCAUAACUGCACAGCUGUAUUUUACAUGCAUGUGGUCCCAGCGCGACCCACAUGUGAAGUUUCUCAAGGCUUCAGUUUUUCCUCAGAAGACCAUCUAGUUAUUAAAUUCUUUACAGGACAGGAAGUGUUUGUGACAGACAACAUCAAUGAUGACCUCCAGGCUUUCUCUUCCACAACAGUCCGGUACGGACGUCAUAACCUCAAGCCCCAGGGCAAUCAGAUAUCUCUGCACAUACUGAUUCCACCUGAUUUUGGAAUAAAGGAGCAGACGGCACCAAAGACGCCCACCAAACGAACUUGAACCACAGCUUUGAUAUUUGCAACCUUACCCCCAGCUCCUGCCAUGCGGUGGGGUUGGAUUUUCUGCUGCUGCGCUUCUCUGGCAUCAUUGCUGGUGCUGGCAGACUGCUCAGGGGGUGAGCAGAAAAGAGGAACUGAAGAAGGAACCCGGAGCUCCUCGGUCAAAGCGGGCAGCAACAGCAGCGGUCGGAAAUAUCAUCGGAUCCAACACGGACAGUGUAGUUAUACUUUUAUUCUCCCGGAGACUGAGGGAAGCGCCGGGACUUCUUGUCGAGAAUCUAGAACGGGCGCUCAGUACAAUGCCAACGCACUCCAGCGGGACGCCCCUCCACCUGAAGCAGAAUUCCCCAGCCAGAAGAUCCAGCAGCUGGAACAUGUCAUGGAGAACUACACACAGUGGUUGCAAAAGAUUGAGAACUACAUCAAAGAGAGCAUGAAAACCGAGAUGGUCCAGUUACAGCAGAGUGCUGUUCAUAACCACACAGCGGCAAUGUUGGAGAUGGGCACCAGUCUUCUAUCCCAGACAGCAGAGCAGACGCGCAAGCUAACUGAUGUCGAGACGCAGGUUUUAAAUCAGACAUCACGGUUGGAAAUUCAACUACUGGAAAAUUCGCUGUCCACAAACAAGCUUGAGAAACAACUCAUGGUUCAAGUAAAUGAAAUCAACAAGAUCCAUGACAAAAAUGGGUUUCUUGAGCUAAAAAUGCAGGAGAUGGAGGACAGGCACAGAGAGGAGCUGGAGGAGCUGCGGGAGGAGAAGAGCAGUCUGCAGUCUCUGGUUAGCAAACAGAGUUCAGUGAUCCGUGAGCUGGAGGCUCAGCUGAGUCGAGCGACUGGUAACAGCACGGCCCUGCAGAGACAACAGCAAGACCUGAUGGACACCGUACGCAGCCUGCUCAGCCUCUGCGCCAAGGAUGGAGGAACAGCAUUGGUCCCGAACAGCACGAAACAAGCAGAUGAAGAACGGAAGUACCGGGACUGUGCAGAACUCUACCAAGCUGGUUUCUUGAAAAAUGGAGUUUACACCAUCAAUAUAAGUCCACAAGAGACUAAAAAGGUGUACUGCAACAUGGAGUCCGCGGGGGGAGGCUGGACUGUGAUCCAAAGACGCGAGGACGGUAGCAUGGACUUCCAGAGGACAUGGAAAGAAUAUAAAAUGGGCUUUGGGAGUGUGUCAGCCGAACACUGGCUGGGAAAUGAGUUUGUGUACAUCCUGACCAAUCAGAGGCAGUACGCGCUCCGUGUGGAGUUGACCGAUUGGGACGGACAUCAAGCUUUCUCUCAGUACGACUCUUUCCACAUCGACAGUGAAAAAAACAAAUACAGAUUAUUCCUGAAGAGCCACAGUGGGACAGCGGGCAGGCAGAGCAGUCUGGUGAUCCACGGCGCUGACUUCAGCACUAAAGACAUGGACAAUGAUAACUGCACGUGCAAAUGUGCACUUAUGCUCAGUGGCGGAUGGUGGUACGAUGCCUGCGGCCCUUCCAACCUGAACGGGGUGUAUUACAGACAGGGACAGCACGUCGGAAAAUUCAACGGAAUCAAGUGGCACUACUUCAAAGGCCCCAGCUAUUCUCUCCGUGCCACCUCCAUGAUGAUCCGGCCGGUCGACUUCUCAUAGUCCUCGGCAGUAAACCCAAAACACCCUUGCGCCCAUUUUGGAAACAAGACUUCCUGGCCCAUGACAGUAUCGUUUGACGCUGUGUAAUAAGUGGACAAAUAUUUGCCACCUGGAUAGCGGGAUUCUUUUGAGAUAACACCUCUCCAGGAAACAGGAAUCGUGUGAACAAAACAGGGACACUACAGGAGUUGGUGCGCUCUGUGGAAAUCUCGGGCGGGAGCUGACUCGGCUGGUCUUUAUUUUUAAAUAUCAGAGGUAGGAAUUCAAGUGCCGUUCACUUGGCACCCAGGACCUGUGAACUGCUGAGGCAGGCACGUCACCUUUGAUGGUAGCAGACUUGGUCUACCAAUCUGUUGUGUGUGAACGGCUUGAAUGUCCCUUUAUAUGCUAAAGAGACCUAUUAAUUUUUAAUACAAACGUGUUGCACAGUUAUAUUUGAGUUGUGAUACUUCACAUUUUUUAUUCCAGCGUAUUAUUAAAUUUUUAUUCCUGUCAACGUGAAGAAAACCAUAGCAUGCACCAUUAGUAGGUCACUUAAAAUACUAUUUACAAUGAACAUUUGUUGGGUGCUUAUGCCAGAAACAGACCUUCAGCGAAGAGUGCCGUCCUCCAGCAUCAUUUUAUUGAGUGCGAACCACCGUGUUAUUAUUGGCUUUGAACUGUAAUGACCUUUAAGUGCAUCAUAGCUUGGCAUCAACGUGGGAAUACGUGCCAAAGAUCACAGCUAUUAAAGACAAUGCAAUGAAAAUAUUUGUAUUUGCAAGUGAUGGAGUUAAGCCAAUGACAUGUAUGGAAUGGCUGAUGCGGUAUUAUGCAAAUAACAACAGUCCAUUAUGUUUAAGUCAUUGGAUAAUUAAAACCAGAUUGUCGUAUUAA